AUGUGGACAGAUUCCUUAAUCGCUCUUCAUUGGAUUAAAGGGAAAGCUUCAAAAUGGAAACCUUUUGUAUCGAACCGUGUAUCCGAAAUCCAGUCUAGAACUGAUCCUGCUGAUUGGAAUCACUGUAGUGGGCAGGAUAAUCCUGCAGAUUUCAUAUCUCGAGGAGCUACCGUGGAAAAGUUUAUGUCCAGUUCGAUUUGGAUGCAAGGUCCAGAAUGGCUUCGGUUGAAGAAAAGGGAUUGGCCAAAAGGCUCUAAUUAUGAAAUUUGUCUAGAGAUUUCUCCAGAAGUAUAUUGCGAAAAAAGAAGUAAACUGGAAGAAGUAUCGUCUUUUGUGUGCGAAGUGCAAUCGAAUUUGACACAUUUAAUGGAUUUGAAUAGAUAUAGUAGUUUAAGAAAAUUAUACCGUGUUACAAGUUGGAUACUACGAUUUAUAUACAACCUUAAAUUUAAAACUAAACGAUGUGGUGAACUAAGCACUGAAGAACUUAACGAGGCUGAAAUUAUCUGGACAAAAACUGUUCAAAGUGAAGCUUUUGCGGAAGAGCUGUCCUCUUUGAGACAGGGUAAAACAAUUUCUAAGACUUCCUCUAUUCUAGAACUGAAUCCCUUUCUUAAUAAUGACGGGAUAAUGCAUGUUGGUGGAAGACUUCAGAAGUCAAGACUUUCUUACCUUCAAAGACACCCAAUUAUUAUGCCCUCAAAACAUCACUUUGUGAAUUUAUUAGUGUGGGAUGCACACAGCAAAGUGUUUCACGGUGGAAAUUCUGAAACUUUUAUAGAAAUACGCGAAAGGUACUGGAUAAUUAAAGGAAGACAAACUGUUAAAAAUAUCUUAAGAAAAUGUAUUCUGUGUAUAGAUUUCGGUGGACCACCUUAUGCCAAAGACAGUGAUGAGAAAAACUACAUCGUGUUGUUUACUUCUGGAGUAACGCGAGCUCUUCAUUUAGAGUUUGUUGGCAGCAUGACCACAGAAACAUUUCUUCUUGCUUUUCGACGAUUCAUUGCUCGUCGAGGUCUAUGUUCUCAAGUUUUGACGGACGAUGCCAAAACUUUCAAACGAUCGGAACUUAAAAAGUUGUGGACUGUCAUUAGUCAUCCAACAGAACCUAUGCCUCUAACUCCAGCUCAUAUGCUAUUGGGGCGCAGGGUGAAUAGUAAAAUUACUGAAUUUAAAGUUAAUGAUAUUGUAUUAAUUCAUGAUGAAAAGCUACCUAGACAUUUUUGGAAAUUAGGAAGAGUUGUUGUAACAGUAUUUUCUGGCAGAGAUGGAAAAGACUAUUCCAUAUAUGUGAUGAAAGUUUAA